ACACAUAGACACGCUUUACGGACGCGACGCGGGCGAUGACGUCAGUACCCCCGCGUCCUCAGCGCGCGCGCGUCGUGUUCUUAUCCAAGAAUCCAAGAUGGCGGGGCGCAAGGAUCAGACGUCAGAGGACACGCAGGCGUCAAGGAUUUCUCGAUAUUGUGCGGUUUAUGAUUGCCGGCACAAUCAUAAGACACACCCCGAGCUUACUUACUUCGCGUUCCCAAAGGAUAAGGAAAGGAUAAAGCUAUGGGCGGAGAAGAUCCGGCGGCCGAACAUCGUCCAGGCGGACGGGAGCGUGUCGCCCAUACCGCGUGUGCGAGCUGCACUUCCCCCCGGAGGACAUCAACAGCAAGGCCAACUUCCAGCGGCGGCGGCUGCGCAGGAGCGCGGUGCCGGCGCUGCGGCUGCCCCACCGCGGGCCCUACGUGCAGGUCGCUGAUGACGCAGACCUUGCCUUACAGCACCAGAUAAAGGGGAAGACGUUGGUUAAGAGCACGCUUGAAGUUUGUGAAUACAUCGAACAAACGCCUAAACCAAAGCCCAAGAAGAAGAAAAAGAAGAAGGUUUCUCAGCGACCAAACCUAGUCGCGCUGCCCGCACUUGAAGGAUUGUUUUCCGAAUGCGACAGGCACUUGGCGCCGCGCACCGCGGCGUUCGUCAAGCUCGUAGCUCGGCUGCAGGCGGCCCGGGGGAACGACCUUUGUGUCAAGUUGCUCCACUCCAACCCCCAGGCGUACCAGCUCCUCCAAGCGUCACUGGGACUCCCGCCCGUGCGCGCGCUACAUCGCCACUGCGCACCACAGUUACCUGAUUUCAACACUGCAUCCAGCUUCCUACAAACUAGGGUUGAUCAAAUGACCGAAUUAGAGAAACAAUGUACUCUCAGCGUAUGUUAUGUAGACGUGAGACCGCUAGUAUAUUACAACAUAACUUUCGAUAGGAUUGUCGGAUUGCAUGAAGUUGGCGGCACGCAGAAACCAUGGGUGGCCACUCGUGGGGUGGUAGUAACCGCGAGAGGACUGUUAACUAACUGGACGCAACCUGUGGCUAUCGGCUACCUCGGGGGAGACGACGACGGGGCGUUCAACACCUGGAUCGACAAUAUCAUGAACCGCCUUUACACCAUUGGGCUGAAGGUGAAGGCGCUGGUUGUCGACCCUACGGCACCUCCCUGCCGGCAAGUCACGCCCGCAGAGCCCUUCUUCUUCAAUGGCGAUACCAAGAUCUACUUCCUCUACGACCCUCCGCGCUUGAUGAAGAAGUUGCUUAUUGAGUUUAUGAGCUACGAUUUUUAUUUCGAUAAGACGAAGGCAACGUGGAGCGAUAUAGUGAACUACAGAAAGAUGGAAAAAAAUAAGGCUUUGACGUUGACACCUAGUUUGACGGAGGCAAGCAUGAAACCUGAAACGAUGUGUAAGAUGAGGCCUCAGCGAGCCGCGCGCCUCCUGUCGCGCGCGCUGGCCGCGGCGCUGACGGACCGCGCCGAGCAGGGCCGCCUCGGCGACAGCGCCCGGGCCACCGCCGCCUUCAUUAUCAAAAUCAACAACCUCUACGACCUCCUCAACUCUUCCACGAUCAAAACCAAUUCGGAAUUUCAAAAGGGACUGUCGCAAGAUUCGAAUCAGGUCGGUUACCUCACAUAUAUGAAGACGUUAUUCAAAUCGUUAAGGUUGGAAAAUAAAUUGGGUUACAAUGAAGCCGCAACUAUGAAGCUCUCUGAGAGCUGGCGGGUGACGAUCGAGGCCGCGCUGAUGCUGCAAAAGGACUUGCAGCCGCUGCGACCGUUCCUGCUGACGCGCAACUUACAUUUGGACGACAGCGUGGCUGAGAGCGCGCGGCGCGCGGUCCGCUCGGGGCUCCCGAGCUGCCAGCAGAUAUUAAGAGCUUUCAAGAAGAAGUUCUUUCAUGAAAUGCUGCAGCCACUGAGCUCCCAGAGAAGCGUAGAUUUAAACGGUUUACUGGCACGAGUCGUAAGUGAUGCUCCUAUCGGUACUCGAAGCGAUCCUAUGGAGAUAGACGAUGAUCUACCUGUAAAACCAAUUGACUACCGUCGUCUGCCGCUGAAGAAGCACAAUCUCUGGUCUAUAGCAAAGCAUUUGCUCCGCGCGGCUUCGCGAGUCCACGGCGAUUGUGCUCUCGCCGUUGAAUAUCUGAAAGCUCCGCCGGAGCCCGACUUCCUGCAGCUGGUGGCGGACUUGGACUUGUCGCUGACGGGCGCGCUGCGGGAGGGGGCGGGUGCGGGGGUGGGGGGCCUGGUGCGCGAGCUGCUGCUGGACGUGCACGUGCUGGAGUGCGCGCCGCCGUGCGCCUGCUUCCCGCUCCACCACCUCAAGAGGCUGUUCUUCCGGCUCCGGCUCUACGGCAUCCUGAGGCAUCACCAAAAGUAUUUCAAAAACGGUGACACUGAUCUUCUAAUUAAUCUUCUACUUUAAAACGAAAUGACUGACCUGUUUUCUGUAAAAAUAAAUGCUGUUAUUUGAUUUGUUAUAAGUACGUUAUUUACUUAUUAAUGUUGAUUAAAGGGUAUGAC